AUGCAAAGCCUGCCACAGUCAGACAUUGAGUCCCUGCAGCAACAGUGCCCCGUUGAGAUUCCUCGUGCAGUGGCAAAACAAGCGCUGGAAAGAUUCCCCGGCGAUAUGCCUCGUGCUAUCGCCGAGGCAUGCCGCCUCGUGUGUUCUCCCAGGCGAGGCCGGUCUAGGUCGCCCGUCCUGCCUUCAUCACAGCUAUUGGUGCCCUCGCCGCCGGUAUUGCUGCCGGUUGAAGAUCGAGUGGCUGAAUUUUGGCGUGCAAGGCGCCAAGUGUUAGAAACCACAGUUGCCACGCUUUAUUCGCAACAUCAACAACUUAAUCCAAGGGAUACGCGCGCAUUAGCUGCUUUGUUCCACGCUUUGCCUCGUGACUGGCCUGUCCAGCCACAUCACUUCUCCUUGUCUUUGGGCUUGCUCUUUGAUCAUGAGCUGGAACUUUGGCGACAACGGGCCGCUGACAGCGUGACUUUCCAAGGCACCAUCAAAGAUGCGUGGAACAGCCAACUGAAUGUCAUGAAGCUGCUUCCAUUCUUUCUAGCCGUGCUGUCCAUCUUUGCAGAAAGAGCUGGCAUAGCCAGGGAAUUCCCAGCUGGAUUUGCUUUGACUAUCGCCCCCUGGCUUUGCCACCGCUCGCUCCACAUCUGCUUCAACCCCCUCAAGCCGGAGCACGAGGUGCGGCCUCGCUUAUUCGCCCUUUUGGUGGCAGAAAGCAAUUGCGGCAAAUCGCCAUUUUUUCGGCAGCUCGUGGACGCAGUUUUCGUCAGUCAUUGUCCUUCGCGUCCUUGCCUCGUGGACACCUUUCCUGACAAAUUCGUCAGCCCCGGACCUGGUAAAGACAAAACGCUGUUUGUGCAGCAAUGCACGAACAGCGACUUUGCUCGCCGCAUGAAAGCAAGCCACGGCCAUUUAUGUUGGGUGUCUGAGGAGGCUUGGAGUGCCUUGGAUAUUGCUUGGGCAAAGGGAAAAGGUCGAGUCGCUCACAGUGAUCGCAAAGUGCAGCAUUCCUUUUUGCAAAAUACUCAAAAUGGAAACUCGUAUGGCCCAAUGAGUAUUAAUGCAGAGCAAUUUUUCGUCCCCACCACGAACUUUGCUUUCUUUCAUGCUGGUCAGCCCAAAGUUGUGCAUGACUACUGGGGCCAAGCUUUCAUGAAGGAUUGUCCCUUUGGAGGCAUGGGGUGGGAAUUCAGGCCAACUUUCUUGUGGCCCAGGGAUCAACCAGAAGAUGACCCUGAAAAUCCACACGUAACAUUCAGCGGUGCUGCGAGAUUCCUGCUCGAUAUUUUUGCUCGGCUUUGCAUGUCCUAUGGCCAAACUUUAGAUUUGAUGAGUUUCGAGUCUGCUCCAAUCCCAGUAAGUGAUCCUGCAGCUGCCAUGUGGUCCAAGUUCCGACACCAAGCUGAGAAAGAUAAAGACACGGUUCCUUCUUGCGCAGCUGGGGCUGUGGGCAAGCACUGCUUUACAACCACUUCCCACAUUGCCGCCUGCCAUUUGUUGCAACAGGCCUUCCUCGACAUCAAGGAUGGCCGGGCCGAUUUGGAUUGCCUUCGUGAUCCCACUUCGCAGUCAGCACCUGUGGCCCUCCAGCCUUCCAGCCUUAGACGAAAACCGGCCUCGCCCGCAUCGCCAGCAGAAGCCACCGGGUCACCGCAGGAACUCAGCGAACCUCCGCCCCAGAAUGCCGACGAGGAGGCUUUAGGCAUUCUUCUCCAGCGAUGCCAGGAACAAUCCCACAUCAACAUCAAGAACGCCAACCAAAUCUUGCCUCGUCGCCUUGGAUUUCGCUCUGAUCAGCAGGCAAUUUGCCGUCUGUUUGAUAUUGCAGCCCAACACCAUGCUGGCGUUCGGGAAGGUAGCCCUGGUGCAGCUUUGCGUUUGCGGUUGACUUUACCAAAUAUCGACUCAACUUUCCGCCAGCGCUUGAAUUUGCAACUUUCCAGGCCUUCCACCGCUGCUGCUGAAUGCCCUCCAAUGGCUGGUGCUGGAAAGCGUGCUAGAAGAGCCCAAGAAGCAGAUGAAAACCCUCCUGCAGAAGAAAAGGAUGCAGGCCGCAAAAAAAAAUUAGAGAAAAAAGAGUUGGUUCCUCCUGUACAUGUGGCCGUGGACCCACUCACCAGCAUAGCCGUUGAACAGGCUUUGAACGCGGCGUUGCAAAACAAUCCAGAACGAGUGCAUGGGAAACCGUUCCAGGUGAAGUGUACCCCUGUAAGCAGGAAAAAAGGCCAUCGGUUUCCUUUAUCGCCCGCCAUUGCAAACAUCUUGAGUGAGUUGUCCGUUCCAGACUCCUUGUGGUCUUCUGCGCCUGCCAUGGAAGGCUCGGGCCAACGUGCCUUGGAUGUGUUAGCUUCUGCCUGCUACCCUUUUGCGUCCUUGGCUUCCAUGUCGUUCUCGUUGAUUUCCUAUUCCUUGCUAGAGGCAUCUUGGAAACGAAACACUGCAGCAGACAAUGAGGUUCGGUUGCCGCCCAUGGCAGGUGCUGCAGGCUUGGUGGCCUCUGUCGAAUUUCAUCGCUUAGGUGCUGGUUUGGUCGUUGUUUCUGACACAGGUGUUCUCCCCCACACAUGCCAUGGCUCCUUUCCAAUCAUGCGUGGUGGUGCCAAAGGUCGCGGGCGGGGACCUGCGCAGCCCAAAGCGAAAGCCAAGGCAGAACCAGCCCCAAAACGUGUUGGCCGCCCUCGCAAAGCUGCCGCGCCUGAAAGAAGCUUGGAAACUCCGAACACUGUCUUGGAGCAAGGUUUUGGCGGGAGGCCUGAAUUUUUAGCUGCUCAGAAAGAUUGGGCGGCGACGCUCCUCCCUGAUCGCCGCAUCGCUGUUCGCCACCAAUGGUAUGAUUACAACAAAGGAUACAAGCUGUUCUUGUGGUGCAACAGUUGCACUAAGUGUGCUACUCGAGGAGGUUGGAGCGCAUAUUGCACAUACAAUCUUGUUGAUCGCACUCUUUCUCGCUGCUACACGCCCAGCAAUGCCCAUGGCAGCUUUGACCAAGUGCGCAAGUGGAAUGAAUUGACUGCCCAGACCGAACACGCUUUAAAAGAACAUAUGAAACACAACCGAAAUGUGUUCACGCAAGACCUCUUGAGCAUUGUCGAGAAGCACCAGCCAGAAAGACCAAUAGAUGAAAAGUUUCUGCUAGUGUGGCGAAAAAACCAUAGAGUCAACACAGGGCCCAAAGUCUCCCACCGCACGUGGCGGGUCUUCGAUUGGCACCAAUUGCUUCGCUCUGUUCCCUCCUUGUCGUCCGUUGUGCAGGCAAUCCCCAACCGAUUGGCUGUUGUGUCGCAUGAUUUGUCUCCGAACAGCACUUCCGUUGUCUUUGUCAAUCCAGCUCUGUUUGUGGAAACGCUUGGUCGCCUCAGUAACAAAGCUUACCUGAAGCUAUGCGGUGAUGGGACUUUCCGUCUCAUGGAAGAUGGAUGGGUUCUGUUGAAUCUUGGUGUUUUGGCUCGCCACUAUGCCCCUGUCAACGGAACAUAUGCGUUCCGAUCGAGUUAUUGGCCUUUGCUGUUUGCCGUUGUCAACAAAGAGGCGAAGCAAACAUACAAGGCGCUGUUUGAUGCUGGGAAAGCUUGCGCUCGAGAGUGCAUGGACUUGGAUUUAGCACCUCGAGUCGUUCAGUAUCACAGUGAUUGGCACACAGGUGAGGAUGCUGCCCGGAAAGAAUGCUUCCCUGACUCAAUGCGGGUUGCUGACUUCGCGCAUUUCAUGGGAGCUUGUGUGCGGCCGCGUCAGAGGCCUGUUCGAGAUGAGACCAUUCAGGCCUAUCGGGCCGGCUUCCCUCAAACCAUGCGCAAGCAUGCUUUGGACAAGACUUGGGUCAGUUAUUUGGUUACAUGGGUGUAUGCUCUUCGGGCCUGUCCGUCUGCUUUCUUGUUUCAUGCUGUUGUUGAAAGGAUCUUAGAAAAAAUGCAAGAGGCCAAUGAAGUUGCUUGCGCACGGGCUAUGCGGCAACACUACCUCACUUCCGUUCCAGCUGCGUCAUUCCGGAUCCGACACCACGAGUGCCUGACUCUGGCUGAUUGGUGGGCUGGACUUUGCCGCCUUCAGCCAGGCUCGGCGUCGGGAACACAAGCCCAGGAGUCGUGGCAUCGUCACAAGCUCAAAAAGCAUAUCCGGCAUUUGCGACAAGAUCUCCCAACAUUUCUGAAAUCGUUGGAAUCAUUCACAUCAUCCCGCUUGGAUCAGCUACGGCUGCAAGGUCCGGAGCUUCCAGAUAUGCCUGUGGAGCCUUUCCCUGACAAGUUCGUCCUCUACGACUCGGAUGCCUUGACCAAAUUAGGCCGUUCCUCCGCCAUGCAGUAUCACCGGACUGCUGCCUUUGAAGUUUUUGCUGACGAGCUUGGAGGUGUGUGGUAUUGCAUGCGCAAAACAUUGGCACAGUAUGACAAACAAAGGGGCAAAUGGAUUGCUGCUACUGACAACAAAGUGAUGAAGCCUGCGGCUGGCUUGUCGCAGCAUCUUCGAUCGUUGUAUCUGGCCUGGGAUGACCCGUCCUUGUUUGUUCCUUUGAGACUCCUUGGUUGUACUGCGGACGGCUCUUUGGAUUUGGAACCUUUGCGUCGCAUCCUUUCCAACCAUGUGCUUGUGUUGCAAGGACAAGUGGCUGAGCAGUUCUGGCAUGUUCAAGUUGCUGAUGGCCGGGCGCCGUCGUACCGUCAAGUUGCGUGCUUUGGGUGUACAACCUUUGCCAUUCAUGGGUCUUGCGAGCACGUUCACGCUGCGUGGCUACAUAGCGGUCACAUCUGCAUGGAUCGGGCUGAAAUGCCUGUCCUUGGCAACCCAAAAAAGAAGAGGCAACAAGUCCCAUCCAUUCUGCGUCCAACCCAAAAGCGGGCCCGCAGCAGCGCGUCUGCUCCUGCAGGACCUUCUGCGCCAUCAGAUGGACUUAAAUCUUUGUUGACCGAACUUGGGUUUGCCUCUUUCUGGCCAUCGUUCUUCAAAGAACAGGUCAACAUUUCCAUCCUUGCUUCGUGGGACUUGGCCGCCAUGAAAGCAUAUUUUCCCGAUAUUGGGGGCGGACCUGCGUCACAAAUACUUCGGGCUUGCAAACAGCGUGUCCGGCACUUAGUUCAAGGUCUAAUUGCAAGAAAAUAUCACAGAUAA